AUGCAACGCGUAAAGCAACUUGCUGCACAUUUUACAGGCACAGACUCUGCGUCUGGCUUGCCAUUACUUGAAAGUAAACGUCCUGACGAUGUCGUCAUCACUUUGGCCAUUCGUUCUCCUCUAUGUAAAGCGAAAAAAGGGGGCUUCAAGGAUACCCGUACUGACGAGCUCAUGCUUGAAAUGUUCAAGCAUGUCGUGUCUCGUUCGGGUGUGGAGCCAGGUGCUAUUGGCGAUGUCUGCGUGGGGACCGUCUUGACCCCGGAUGCGGCAUAUUAUGCUCGAGCAGCCAUGCUUGCUGCUGGAAUACCCGACACAGUACCAGUGCAAAUCGUAAACCGAUUCUGUUCGAGUGGUCUAAUGGCUGUAACGACUGUUGCAAAUCAAGUUCGUUCCGGUCAGAUCAAGAUCGGUCUAGCUAUAGGCGUUGAAAGCAUGUCAGAAAACCCAGACAAGGGAGGACCUACUUUCAGUGAAUUGAUAUCGUGCAAUGCAGCGUCACAAGAUUGUCAAGAACGAAUGGGCUGGACAAGUGAAAACGUCGCUGCUGAGUUCAAUAUCACCAGGGAUGAACAAGAUACAUUCGCAGCGGAGUCUUUCAAGAAAGCCGAGGAGGCCCAAAAGCGCGGCUAUUUUGCGGAGGAGAUCGUCCCAUUUACAGUCCUCCGAAAAAAUGCUGGCUCUGAUACUAGGGUCCCCGUGGUCGUUGAAGAGGAUGAUGGCAUACGCGCUGGAACUACCAAAGAGAAACUUUCUAAAAUCAAAGCUGCAUUCCCACAGUGGGGCAACGGGACGACUACUGGUGGAAAUGCUAGUCAAAUCACAGACGGUGCUGCUGCUAUCCUUGUCAUGACCAGAGCAGAGGCGGAGAAGCGAGGUUUGCCUAUUCUUGCGAAGCAUAUCACCACCGCUGUAGCAGGUGUACCACCUCGAAUCAUGGGUGUUGGACCUGUAUACGCUAUUCCUCUAGCUCUCGAGAAUGCAGGUUUGCAAUUAUGCGAUGUAGACCUUUUCGAAGUAGGCAAUCUCGCCCAUGCGUGGUUAAUACAAGGCACGAUAACCUGA